CAAACCAAGAGCACUGGAGCCCAGCCAACCAACAUGCCACCCUCCGGAAGAAGCCGAGAGGCUGCAGCAGCACAUAAUAGGGCUCUACAUAACAAGCCUGGAAAGCUAGUUGAGCUGCCGGAUGUAUGGCACCAUCCCGGACCUGGUUGCGCUUGUCCGCCGGCUCUGUCGCCGCCUGCUCGCGGAGCCGCUGGCCCCUGCGGUGCUGCUGCGCUGCUAUGCCCAGCUGCUGGGAAGCCACCAACAGCGACCAACAGCUGCUGCUGUCGCGGCACUCCAAGCGAUCCAAGGAGAGCGCAAAGGGGCCUGCUUACGGAGGCUGUGGAUGUGGUGACGUGGCUCGUGCAGGCACUUGGAGAAGCAGAGGUAAAAGAGAAUGGCGCUGCGGGCAGCUCCGCACCCGGCGGCUAGCAGAUGCCACAGGGGGCCGCCGCGAGCAGUCCGGAGCAGCAGCAGCCACAACCUAACACCCCAGAGCUGGUGGGUGCCAGGUGGGGCGAAUACCGCGUAUGAGAAGGGCCGCUGCGCUGCCGCUGGCGGUUCUGGGCACUGGUGCCGCCGCCGGUGCACCGCCUGCCGAGCCGGAGCUAUUAGCAGCACCAGCGGCACCACUGCAAGAGCAGCGGCUGGGCCUGAUGCGGUCAUUAAUGGCAGAUCAGGUCCUGCCAUAGGCGGCCGGAGUGCGGGGAGCGACAGCAAGCGCUGCGUCGCGGCAAUGCGCCCUGAGGGUUGUUGGUUGGCCACGCACCGGAGUGAGGCCUGGCGGGACGCGGCAGUCAUACUGCGGUGGUGCUGCCUGCUGCUGACAGCGCUGCACCGCGCAUAGCAACUGCAGGAAACAAGAGGGAGCAGGAGAGGCAGCAUCAGGGCAGCCGUCGGCUGACCAUGGGCAGGAGCAGCUACUAGCAUGGCAGCGACGGUGCCGGGAGUGCGCCACGAGCGAUGCAUGUGCAGGCGGCGGCCAUGCCAGCGGCAGCGGCAGCCUUUUUGAGCCCGAAGAAGCAGAUGCCGGCGUGAGCUGGCAGUGAAAGCAACGGGCCGGAAUUUAAUCGGUUACAGUGGGAAGACGCGGCGCUUGAGCUCGGAGAGACUCUGGCACGGGCGGCGGCGCUUGUGCCGCUGGCGCUUGUGGAGUGGGCGGUCUGCUGCAAUGACGGGGCAAUUGUAGCGGUGCCGGUGCGGGCGGAGGGCGCCGAGGCAGGCGAGGCGCAGCAGGUCGCUGGCACGACCCCCAAACCCCUAAACCCUAAACGUCCCGGCACUCCAGAUUCGGCAUCAUCAGCAGCCUGCCUGCCCAGUGUGCUGGAAUAGCUGCCACUGCUUGCUGGCGCCGCAGGGGGGCGCUGUGUGGAGCGCCUGGAGCGACUCCAAUGCCAACACCCGCAACCUUGGGAGAGCGGCCAGGAGCGGACUCCAAUGCAGGCUUUCGGGCGGGCAGGAUUGAGCAUUUCCGGGGAUCCAUUCUCGCCCGCGUUGCGGCGUUGGGUUGCAGACCGCAUGGUCCCCGAAUCGAACGUCAAUAGGGGGGUAAUGGCUCUAGACUACAGUAAGUGUACAGAGUUUACAGGAAGUACGGAGCACACGGUUUGGGGGGGCUGGAGGCACGCAGUGUAUGAAGUUUCCAAAUCAUCGGGGGGGGGCUGUAAAUACCAGCCCAAACUAAACCAAAACCAACAAAAACGUGAGUGCAGGCAGAGGCGUUAGUUGCAAGCGAUAAUACUUAUGGGAUGUGGGGCGAGUAAAGCCACGUCCGGCCUUGGUCCGUGAUGUGCAGAUGUGAGGAGCUAGAUAGAUUGAUUCUGUUGUAGUGCUGGCCUUGCCAACGCCGCACCUGACAGGGCUGGGGGAAUGCCAAAAGCUAGGCAUUUGUGGGCCCUGCUGGAUGCUGUGGGUGAGAACACGGUUAAGGUCACCUCCCUGGUAGCGGUGCUUUGUAAGGUCCCUCAGAA